AUGGCUUCUGUGGAAUUGGUUUAUCUCGGAGAAGGCAACAGUCAACCGUGUGCAUGGAAAGAACUGGAGUGGGGAUUGCAUGCAUCGUUCCCGUGCCUCUCCGGUUCAGCACCAGGGACAGCUCCAUACGACAGCUACAGCUAUAAACAGGAGCAGCGGUACCACCCAGCCGGCAAGGACAUUAGGGUGUGUUGCUGCGACCAGGAACUGGAAACAUCUUUCACUUACGUGGACGAAAAUGUCAACUUGCAACGUGCAAGUCCGACUCUGUCCGACAAAAGCUACACCGUGCAAUCCUACCACGGCUCUUCCAGCGACAUCAGAACUAUCCCUGAAGGUUUGCAGGAACUCUCGAUAGAGUCUGAUGGUGACAGCUCGUCCGAGAGCUCGGACACAUCCGUGGACUAUGGCUUUAUCAGCGCCCUGCUCUUCCUGUUCAGUGGGAUCACGCUGGUCAUCAUAUCCUACGUGAUCCCCCGCGAUGUGACUGUGAAUCCAGACAGUGUUUCAGCCCGGGAGAUGGAGAACCUUCAAAAGGAGAGCGCCCGGGUCGGGGCUCACCUGGACCGGUGUGUGAUUGCUGGACUUGGCCUUUUGACCCUAGGGGGAAUCCUCCUCUCCAUUUUGUUAAUGAUAUCAAUCUGCAAAGGUGAACUAUAUCGAAGGCAGAGGCUUGCAGCUGUGGGAAGAUCGGGAAAAAUCUAUGGAUCUUUUAGCUUUCGCCUGAAAUCCCCAGGUCCCAACAGUUCCAUGCAGCGUUUCCCAAUGAAUGGCGACGACACUAUGAGCAUUGAUUAA